CAGCAAUUAUGAGCACUACCAGCGCAUCAAACAGAAAACUUGGUGUUUUAUUAAUAUUUGCAGCAUGUUUGUCGACAUGUUAUUGUGUAAUAACUGUAGAGCAAGUGAAAAACUACUACAGGUCGUUACCGAGGGUUAAUUUUUCACUGGCCAAUGGCGAGAAGACUGAUGUCAUCUACAAACUUUUUACCGAUAUUUCUCAAACCACCGGAAAAGUGAUAACCACAGAAAAUGCAAAUGAGGAAAUUGUUAAUAAAACUUUACCAACGGUAUUGCUGAUUCACGGAUUCACAACUGAUGAUACUUCACCAUGGUAUAAUCCGUUAAAAACAGAAUAUUUCAAGCUAGGUCCUCACAAUAUUAUUUACAUAAACUGGUCAAAAGCAGGCAACAGAACUUACACAGUAUCCAGCGCAAAUGUUAAACCUAUAGGAAAAUACAUAGCCGAAUUCCUCGUAGAAUCUAAAGUUGAUUUGAAAAAAGUCCACCUUAUAGGUCACAGUUUAGGGUCCCAAUUAGCUUCGUUCAUCGGCAAAUACGUAAAGAAACUAAGCGGAACGAAAGUGGGAAGGAUAACGGGAUUAGAUCCCGCGAAUCCAUGUUUCGCUAAUCCGGAAAUGUCGGUAGACGAAAGAUUGAAUCCAGAAGAUGCUGAAUUCGUGGAUGUUAUACAUACUGAUGUGCAGUUAUUUGGUUACGCUGCACCAAUUGGCCACGUUGAUUUUUACCCAAACGGAGGCGGCCAUCAACCCGGUUGCCCAACUAGAGAAAUUGAUGAUAAUUGUAGUCAUGCGAGAUCAACGCUUUAUUUUAUUGAAUCACUUUCGGUGAAACAAUUGGUUGCAGAAGCAACGUUCAAGGAAGAAGGCAAUGUAGUUACUGUUUCAAUAAAAGGAUAUCAAAAUAAUGUUAUUUUUGGUCAACAUGUCGAUGUCAAUGCGAGAGGUGUGUACUCUUUUAAAACUGGUUCCGUGAAACCGUAUCUAACUUCAAUACUGUAGAGUAGUACACGAAUGUCGGACUGUAUGAAAAUUUGGUUUAUUUUUAAUAAAAUUUACAUAUCUUAAAGAUUAAUA